AUGUCAGGCAUUGGAACAGAGAGUAAUGACCCCUUGCCAAGCCCUCUAGCACCGAAGAGGAGCAGCAGCCAGACAAGGAUGGAGAGGAUCUGCAUCAGACAGAAGAGGAGUAUAGUAAAGAGCAGGUUGAAAGGAGUCUGUCAGUGGACAGAAUGGGGACCCAAGGCAGAUGAUCAGUCUAAAAUACAUGGGAAUCCAACUGCCUCUCAAGUCUGCACAGCCACCUCAAUGACACUGUUACCCAAGCAAUCCCCUCAUGUAAAAACUCAUGCACAGGUAAAUGAAUCUAGCUUUUUAUCAUACACAUUUGUAUUCAACUAGAUAAAUAUCUAAGAAACACUAAGUUCAAUAUCAGAAAUAUUGAAUGAAGUGUUCUUGUGUAUUGUGACAGACACUGGAGUGGGCCUUUGGGAUGCACCGGGCAUUUCCUGUCUUCAGCCUUCAGGACCAGGAUCAGCUGGUGAUCUUGUAUGGUGGCACCUAUGUAGCCGUCAUAUACAACCAAACCUCAAAUUCACAACACGUCCUUCAGGUAAGGUCCAGCAGUUGUCUCAAUGCACUCAAUGAGGUCAGAUGCUGGCAAAGACCUCUGGGUAUAUAGAAUGAAUGCUAUGUCUAUGUUGUUAGGAAUGCCAGUGUUCAAUGGCAAAGGUAAAGCUAAAAAAUAACUGUUCAAGGCAAAUAGUAUUGACACAAACUUGAUGUUCACCUACAGGGCCACAGCAGCCCCAUUUUGUGUUUCUAUGUGAAUGAGGAUAGGCGCUGGCUGUUGACAGCAGACAAAGGACAGGAAAGUCUGGUGAUCAUUUGGGAUUCCUUUUUAGGGUAGCACUUUAUUCUAACAGUACAUUCAUAUUUUCUAGUUAAAAUGUGUUCUUCUGAAACAGUGGUUGUUUGGCUUAUGUUCCAGGAUUCCUGUGCAGACAUUAUUUGACAUGCCACUCUGAGGGGGGUGUUGCAGCUUUGGCACUGUCAAAGGACUCCAAAUACUUGGUAAAAGUUGGAGCUGGAGAAGUUCAUGUCACGAAUUCAGCCGAGGCUCCUUGCUCGGGCAGGCUUCGGCGUUCGUCGUCACCGGAGUACUAGCUGCCACUGAUCUAUGUUUCUGUGUUCUACUUGUUUUGUCUAAUUUGCACACACCUGGUUCCAAUUACAAUAAUUUGUUUCCCUAUUUUACAAUCUGGUUCCCUCAUGGUGUUGUGCGUGAUUGUUCGUUGUUUUGUUGUCAUUGACAUGUUAGUCGGUAUUUUCUUCCCUGCGUGGAAGAUAUGUUAUUUACUCUUGAUAAGUAAAGUACGCCUGACUCCGUCCUACCGCUACACACUGACGCCUGACAGAAUCACGCACCAUUAUGGAGUCAGCAGGUACAUCCAUUCCUCCAGCAGGUACAUCCAUUCCUUUCUACACCUCCUUCCACUACUAUUCACCCCACACCGCUGUCCACCCCUUCACCACCUGGAUCCAGUGGGAUUCGGCUCUCGCUCCCGAAGGCAUAUGAUGGAACAGCUGCCGGGUGCCAGGGGUUUCUGCUCCAGGUGGAGCUCUACCUGGCAACCGUCCACCCGGCUCCCUCGGGAUACGAGAGCGUGUCCACCCUCAUCUCCUGUCUGUCGGGGAAAGCGCUCGAGUGGGCCAACGCUGAGUGGGGAGGAAUAGACGCGGCAUCGGUGCGCUAUGAAGAUUUCACCCGCUGUUUCCGGGCGGUAUUUGAUCAUCCACCGGAGGGGAGAGCGGCGGCGGAACGGUUGUUCCACCUCAGACAGGGGAAGAGGAGCGCACAGGACUUUGCACUGGACUUCAGGACCUUGGCAGCCAGCGCGGGAUGGAAUGAGAGGGCCCUGAUUGACCAUUACCGAUGCAGCCUACGGGAGGACGUUCGUCGGGAGCUGGCCUGCAGGGACACCACCCUUAACCUGGACCAGCUGGUGGAUUUAUCGAUACGACUGGAUAACCUGUUGGCUACCCGCGGACGUCCGGAUCAGGGUCCGUCCAGUCCAUUCCUCAGCACUUCCGACCCUACACCGAUGGAGCUCGGAGGUGCUGAUCUAAGGUUGACCGGAAGGGGGGCUGUUUCCUGCACCAACUGUGGCCGCAGAGGACACACUGCUGGUCGGUGCUGGAAAGGGUCCUCAGGGAGUCAAGGCAGCAGGCAGGGCGCUGGUGGACCAUCCCAGGUGAGUAGGCACCAGACUCACCCAGAGCUCCCUGUUGCGCACAUGUGUGUUCACAUAGAAUUUCCAGAGUUUUCCCCGCAUUCCCAGCAUAAGGCGCUCGUAGAUUCAGGCGCAGCUGGGAAUUUUAUGGACCGUCUAUUUGCACAUAGAUUAGGGAUCCCUAUUGUGCCUGUUGAUGUGCCCUUCCCUAUACAUGCCUUAGAUAGUCACCCUUUAGGGUAAGGCCUGAUUAGGGAGGUCACAGCUCCACUCUGGAUGAAAACGCAGGAGGGUCAUGAGGAGAGAAUUAGUCUCUUCCCGAUCGAUUCUCCUGCGUUUCCCGUGGUAUUGGGGCUUCCCUGGUUAGCCUCUCAUGAACCCAAUAUUUUGUGGCAACAGAGGGCUCUCAAGGGAUGGUCCCGUCAGUGCUCGGGGAGGUGUGUAGGUGUUUCCGUAGGUGGAGAGUCCAAACCAGGUAUCCACUAUGCACAUUCCUCCCGAAUAUGCCGAUUUGGCUCUCGCCUCUCAAUUACCACCCCAUCGACAGGGGGAUUGUGCGAUAAAUCUCCGGGAGGGCGCUGCACUUCCUCGGAGUCACGUGUAUCCUCUGUCACAGUAAGAGAUGGCGGCUAUGGAAACAUAUGUAAAUGUAAAUAUGUCUCAGAAUCUCUGGGACAGGGAUACAUUCGGCCUUCCACUACCCCUGCCUCCUCGAGUUUCUUUUUUGUGAAGAAGAAGGAUGGAGGUUUACGCCCGUGCAUUGACUAUCGAGGUCUCAAUCAAAUAACCGUGAAGUACAGUUAUCCACUACCUCUCAUUGCUAGUAUGACGGAGUCAUUGCAUGGGGCGCACUUCUUCACCAAAUUGGAUCUCAGGAGCGCGUACAACCUAGUGCGUAUCCGGGAAGGGGAUGAGUGGAAGACUGCAUUUAGUACCACCUCUGGGCACUAUGAGUACCUCGUCAUGCCGUACGGGUUGAUGAAUGCUCCCUCAGUCUUCCAAUCCUUUGUCGAUGAGAUUUUCAGGGACCUGCAUGGACAGGGUGUAGUGGUGUAUAUAGAUGAUAUUCUCAUAUACUCCGCUACACGAGCCGAGCAUGUGUCCUUGGUGCGUAAGGUGCUUGGUCGACUGUUGGAACAUGACCUGUACAUCAAGGCUGAGAAAUGUCUGUUCUUUCAACAGUCCGUCUCCUUCUUAGGAUACCGCCUGUCCGCAUCAGGGGUGGAGAUGGAGAAUGACCACAUUUCAGCCAUGCGUAAUUGGCCGACUCUAACCACGGUUAAGGAAGUGCAGCGAUUCUUGGGGUUUGCCAACUACUACCGGAGGUUUAUCCGUGGCUUUGGUCAGGUAGCGGCUCCCAUUACCUCCUUGCUGAAGGGGGGACCGGUGCGCCUGCAGUGGUCAGCUGAGGCGGACAGGGCUUUUGGUCACCUGAAGGCUCUGUUCACCUCGGCUCCCGUGCUGGCUCAUCCGGAUCCCUCCUUGGCAUUCAUAGUCGAGGUGGACACGUCCGAGGCUGGGAUAGGAGCUGUACUGUCUCAGCGCUCGGGUACGCCACCAAAGCUCCGCCCCUGUGCUUUCUUUUUCGAAGAAGCUCAGUCCGGCGGAGCGAAACUAUGAUGUGGGGGACUGGGAGCUGUUAGCUGUUGUUAAGGCUCUGAAGGCGUGGAGACAUUGGCUUGAGGGGGCAAAACACCCUUUCCUCAUUUGGACUGACCACCGCAAUCUUGAGUACAUCCGUGCGGCGAGGAGAGUGAACCCUCGCCAGGCAAGGUGGGCCAUGUUUUCACACGUUUUGUUUUCACCCUCUCGUACAGACCAGGUUCCCAGAAUGCUAAGGCAGACGCUCUGUCCCGGCUGUAUGACACAGAGGAGCGGUCCAGGGAGCCCACUCCCAUACUUCCGGCUUCUUGUCUGGUGGCACCGGUGGUAUGGGAGGUUGACGUGGACAUCGAGCGGGCGUUACGCAUGGAGCCCACUCCCCUCCUAGUGUCCAGUGGGUCGUGUGUACGUUCCGUCUGAUGUUCGCAAUCGAUUGAUCUAUUGCGCUCAUACGUCACCCUCUUCUGGUCAUCCUGGCAUCGGUCGGACAGUGCGCUGUCUUAGUGGGAAGUACUGGUGGCCUACUUUAGCUAAGGACGUGAGGGUUUAUGUUUCCUCCUGCUCGGUGUGCGCCCAGUGCAAGGCGCCUAGACACCUGCCCAGAGGGAAAUUACAACCCCUACCCGUUCCACAACGUCCGUGGUCACACCUAUCGGUGGAUUUCGUUACGGACCUCCCCCCGUCACAAGGGAAUACCACAAUCUUAGUCGUUGUGGAUCGGUUUUCUAAGUCCUGCCGUCUCAUUCCUUUGCCCGGUCUUCCUAUGGCCCUACAGACCGCGGAGGCCCUGUUUACUCACGUCUUCCGGCACUACGAGGUACCUGAGGAUAUAGUGUCUGAUCAGGGUCCCCAGUUCACAUCAAGGGUCUGGAGGGCGUUCAUGGACCAUCUGGGGGUCUCGAUCAGCCUGACCUCAGGGUUUCACCCUGAGAGUAAUGGUCAGGUGGAGAGAGUAAACCAGGAUGUGGGUAGGUUUCUGAGGUCCUAUUGCCAGGACCGGCCGGGGGAUUGGUCGGGUUACAUCCCCUGGGCAGAGAUGGCCCAAAACUCCCUCCGCCACUCCUCCACUAACCUGUCUCCAUUUCAGUGUGUACUAGGUUAUCAGCCGGUCCUGGCACCAUGGCAUCAGAGCCAGAUCGAGGCACCUGCAGUGGAUGAAUGGUUUCGGCGCUCGGAGGAGACCUGGAACGCUGCCCAUGUACACCUGCAACGGGCUAUCAGGCGACCGAAGGCGAGCGCCGACCACCACCACAGUGAGGCCCCGGUGUAUGCACCGGGGGACUGGGUCUGGCUCUUGACCCGAAACCUGCCCCUUCGCCUGCCAUGCCGGAAGCUGGGUCGGCGGUUUGUGGGGCCAUUUAAAGUCCUGAGGAGAUUGAACAAGGUUUGUUAUAGGUUACAGCUCCCUCCUGAUUACCGUAUUAACCCCUUGUUCCACGUGUCUCUCCUCAGGCCGGUGGUAGCUGGUUCGCUCCAGGAGUCUGAGGUGCGGGAGGUCCCUCCGCCCCCACUGGACAUCGAGGGGGCACCGGCGUACUCGGUCCGUUCCAUCCUGGAUUCGAGGUGUCGGGUGGGGGGCCUGCAGUAUCUCGUGGAGUGGGAGGGGUACAGUCAGGAGGAAUGGUGCUGGGUUCCUAGGAUGGACAUCCUCGAUCCUUCACUGUUGAGGGAUUUCCACCAUUGUCAUCCGACUCGUCCUGCUCCGCGUCCUCCUGGCCGUCCCCGAGGCCGGUGUCGGCACACGGCUGGAGCCGCGUGUCAAGGGGGGGGUACUGUCACGAAUUAAGCCGAGGCUGCUCCUCCUCCUUGCUCGGGCAGGCUUCGCCGUUCGUCGUCACCGGAGUACUAGCUGCCACCGAUCUAUAUUUCUGUGUUCUACUUGUUUUGUCUAAUUUGCACACACCUGGUUCCAAUUACGAUAAUUUGUUUCCCUAUUUUACCCUCUGGUUCCCUCAUGGUGUUGUGCGUGAUUGUUCGUUGUUUUGUUGUCAUUGACAUGUUAGUCUGUAUUUUCUUCCCUGCGUGGAAGAUAUGUUAUUUACUCUUGAUAAGUAAAGUACGUCGUUGACUAAGUUCUGUGUCCUGCGCCUGACUCCGUCCUACCGCUACACACUGAUGCAUGACAGUUCAGGUAAGCUAGUAAAGGGUAUGUACAAAAUAUACCCCAAAAUGUUUUCACACAAAAGUUGGCAUUUAUUUAAAAAAAAUACUUUACCUGAGAAUGUGCUCACCUCCCAGAAAACUUUAGACCAUGCAUACACACAUCUGCUUGUGGUUGAAAUAUUGUAUUGCAAGCUGGCAAGUAGGCCUAAGUGUUUUGUGCAAAUAUAUAAUAAAAAUCUUAUUCAUAAAAAACACAAAACAGAAAAACAUUAACAAGAAUGCAGCCAUUUGCCAUUAGUGAGAAGAGCGAAAAUCUAUGUGUUUUCUUUUUAGAAUCGAAUAAUUAGACAUAGGAAUCUUUUUCCUAUUUAUUUUCUUUUCUUUACUAUUGCAGAAUAAAUUCCUCAUAUUUUCUGGCCGUGAUGGGUUCAUAUUCCCGAAGGAGCCAUACAACAAAUUAUCAUGCGCGUCUCUCAUUUACAGUAAUUGGACCUAGUAGCCUAGUAAAUAGAUACAGUAGGCUAUAUGUAUUUCAAGUUUUGCAAUAUCAUAGGCAGCACGAUUUAUAAUACCGGUAUACAGUCGCAUUUAACAGCUGAACAGUUGAUCUUUCACAUUGAAGUAGGGCUAUGUAGGCUACUGUAAGUAGUAAGUAUUGUAAUUGCAUUUUUUUUAUUGCCUGCCCUAGACAAUGUUUCAGAAUUCACGGGCAGAUCAUAUUUAGGUUGGGGGAAAAGUCAAUGCAAAACAUUGUUGAAUUCAAAUGUUCUGCUGACAGGUCCACAACAAUUUACCGUUGUUUUCUCUUUCAGAAACUGAUAGUCCUUUUCCAGAUACAGCCAGCAUAAAUCAGUGCUAAAGAUUAAAACAGUUUAUGUAAAAUAUUUGACAGUAUGGGUAGGCUACAGUAUUGCUGUGCGAAAUGAGCCCGAAAUCAUUGCCUAUUUACUUUCAGAGUUGCCUAUUUAAUAUCAGAGCCUGUACAUAGGCAGGACAUAGAAACCCAAUAACAUAUUGAUAAACUAAGUAUUGAACAACAAUUCGUAUUUUGCAUGCCGUGCCCGAAUGCCACUAAAUAUCUGUGUGUGCUAUUUCUGAAAAGACUGCACAUGCGCAAACAUUUUGAGCUUUAUAAAACUUGGCGCACGCCAUUUAUACGCAUGUUUCCUUUUAUAAAUCAGACCUGUCGUAGAACUGUGCGCGCGUAAACAAGCAUCAUAACUCCGCCUGAAUAACGAAUAACGCCAAUCAUUCACUUUUUAUGGUGACAGUAAUGCCCUUACCUAUUUGCUGUAUAACUUGGAAGUAUUGGAAUUAGGCCAAGACAGUAUAGGCAGAUAUCUAAAGGAAAUAUCAAUGACGAACUUGAUCAAACGUCUUUGGAGGUGUUGGCAGAAAUGUAUUUUUUCAGUGACAUUUGCUAUAUCUGACGGUUUCUGAAACACAAAAACUAUUGCAAAUUGUUGUGGACCUGUAAACAGAUCUUUUGAAUUCAAUAAUGUUUUGCAUUUACUUUCUCCCGAACAUAAAUAUGCUGCACUGCCCGCAAAUUCUGAAGUAUUGUCUACUCAAAAAAACUAAAACAAGCAGUAGGCCUACUUACAGUGGUAGCCUACACACUUCAAUGGAAAUUAUCAACUGUCUGUUGACCUGUUUAAUUCUACUGUAUGUUAUAAACCGUGCUCCCUUUCGGAUGCAUAGAGCAAAAACAUUGAAAUUAUAAUAGCCUAUAUAAUAGGCCCAAUUAAAUGAGGGAUGCGCAUGGUAAUUUGUUGGUUGUAUGGCUACUUCGGGAAUAUCAUCAUGGUCAGAAAAUGUACAAUGGUUAUAUGUAUUUAGUUUAUAAAUGAAAUAUUGUCUAGGCUACUCGAGAAAUUUGUCAUUACUGUAUUCGUAGCCUACAAAGUCAAUUGGUAGCUUAUCUGUUUACUACUGUGAAGUGGGUUAAAUUAAAUGAGAGAUGGUAGGAAUGGUAGCCUAUCCUAACUUGUAGUCCUGUAGGCUUUUUCGCGAGUAUGAAACCAUCUCAGUCAGAAAAGGUGAGGACUGUAGUAUUCUGCAAUGAUCAUGGAAGUUAAAUAAAUAAUCGGAAAUAGAUUUCUAAUUAUUUUAGAAUGCCAAGAUAAAAUAAAUCGAUUUUCGCUCUUCUCACUAACAGCAAAUUAUUGCAUCUUGUUAUUAUAUUUAGCUACCUGUUUUUUUGUUAUUAAUAAGUCAUCAUAUAUUCCCCAUUUGCACAAGGCUACUAGGCUACUUUGGCCUUCUUGCAUUGCAAUACUUCAACCACUAGAAACUGUGCAUACGCAUGGUCUAAAGUUUGCGGGAGGAUAAGCACGUUCUCAUGUCAAAUUCAGUUUUUAUAAAUGCCAACUUUUGCCUGAAAACUGGGGCAUGCAUAUUACUGAAAUAUUAUAGUUCCUACACAUCACCUUCUAUAUUCAAACAAAAUAGGCCUUUUAUAGGAAAAUGGGAAGCAUCAUCUUAUAGAACUCUGCAAUAAUGAGACUGUGGUGUGUAUGUGCGUGCGCAUCCGUUUCAGCGUGUUUUGGGAGUCGAGCAAGUGUCCACUCCUACAACUCAAGCCACAGGUGUCAGAGUCGAGCAAGAGUCGACUCUAUUCGACUCCAAUCACCACUAGUCCCAACUGCCGUAUCGAAUGUUAACAGAUGCGCUCGAGCAGGCUGCCUGCGCACAUUGCUGCGCGCGAAACACAUAUUCCAAUCCAAGUUUUAGCUGGAACUGAUAUGCCUACCUCGUUAUUUAGCUACUUAAAUUAAAAUACAAUUACUGUACGCAUUAUGUUAAUUGAUUAAAGGCUUUAAGGAAACAUAUACUAGUCAUAUUUUCAGGGUCAAAUUCAUGUGCAAUAAUUUUCACUAAUUAUUGAUGGAAAUAAAUGCGAUAAAAAAUGGGUUUUGUAAAUCCUGGUGGAUUGUAGUAGGAUAUUAAAACAAAAUACAUAGGCCUACGUGGUAUUUGUUAAAUUCUGAAAACAAAUUAAGUUAGUUAUAAUAGAACAUCAAAACAGCAUUCAGUGGAACAGAAGAAAAUUUGCAGCACAAUAAAGAGUGCAAUUAGCUAACACUGACGAAAUAUUACCAUUAGAAGCCAACACACACAGUAAGCUACCAGAUAUAAUUAAUUAAUUACUUUCACUGUACUGCAUUUUAACAGCAGUGACAUUUUUGUAAGAGUAUCCUGUAUUGUGCAUGUUUAUCUCACAUGCUGGUAGCCUAGAACAAAUGUUAUGGAAGUGAAUGUGCAUUUUUCAAUUGGGUGGACUGCAACUACGAAAAAACAUAGCCUGUAGUAAAAGCAAAAUCAUUUAUAGCAUUGGAUAUUCUCUAAAUUAGGGACCAUCUCUGAUAGCUAUAGGACUGCAGAGACUGUCACAAGUGAAUUGGAGGUGAAAUAUAUCAAAUUUCUUUGUUUUUGAAAGUUGGUAUUUUAUCACCUGCCAAAUAAAAACAUCAAAUGGCGCUACUCCUGAAAAAGUUAAUCCGGACGAAUAAACUGAAGUGGACUCGGCCCGAGUACCAUUAGCCGGAGCCCAGAGUAAUAUGAUUCUGCCGGACUCGGGAAGAGCUGGGCCCGCAUGAAGCCCCCCGAGUCCGAGCCAUGCCGAGUUCCCUGGGUCUCAAACAUAAUAGGUCCGUGCCCAGUGUGUUGACAGGGUAUAGUAGGCCACAAUACCCUAACCGGCUUUGGUGUGCUCUGCCAGCUGUUGUUUGCCAAGUGUGCUAAACUGAAUCAUGGAAACCCUGCUGAAAAAGAACAUUCCUCCAAUUAUAUUAAUUGUAAUUUUUCUAGUGUCUUAUAUGCAAUGUGUGCAUGGCCCACAAACACUAUGCACGUUCAUAUAGAUUGGUUUCUAUUAAUUGAGUAACAUUUAGGUAACUGGUCAGUAGUUAAAUCUGAUUUAAAUCAAAAACCCAAUAUCAACCAAAAUAAGACUUAUUUUUCAUGAGGUCAAAAAUAAGUCAUGUAGAAGACGUCUUAAUCUGGUUGUGAUCAGAUUAUAUGAGGUCCAGACCAGAUUUCAACCAGUAAAAGACGUCUUUAUCACGUCGUAUGCCCACUGGGAUAUAGCCUAGGAAAUAGAUACCUGUUUCAAAUUAUUUUAGAAUGCAAAGAUCUUCUCACUAACGUUCUCUCUUCUCACUAACGACAAACGAUUGCAUCUUGUUAUUAACCUAUUAUUUGUUAUGAACAUACCUGUCCAUUAUAUCCCCCAUUUGCACAAAAUACUAGGCUACUUGCAUGCUUGCAAUGCAAACUUCAACCACUAUAAACUGUGCGUACGCAUGGUCUAAAGUUUGCGGGAAGAUGAGCACAUUGUUAGGUCAAGUUCAGUUUUUAUAAAUGUCAACUUUUGCGUGAAAACUGGAGCACGCAUGUUUUGGGGUAUAUUUUGUACAUAAGCACGGACCUCCAUAAUACUGAGUCAUGUUACGCAGGUAGAAAUUCGAUAGAAAGAAUAAUGUGCAAUUCAGUUGAACCAGCCGAACUACAAUUUUCUUUCCAUGUUAAAGUUGAGGGGAAACAUAAGUUGUCAAACCUACCAGUACUUUUAUGAAUGUUGAGAUGAGUGUGUCUUCCUUAUUUAUAUUGUUUAGGUGUAUGUUAACUGAAUUAAAACAGACAUACAGUGGACAGGACUUUCUGAUCUGCUCACCGCGAGUUUGUACAUGGGACUGGACAAAUGAGGAUCCAUUGUGUGUAACUGAACUCAACCUGGAGUAUGGUUUUCAGGUAAGUUUUUAUGGUCUCAAUAUGAGGAAUUGGAAUUUGAUUUACUUUCCGAAUUAACUGUAAUUUAUUGUUAUGGAAUUGACCCCAACCCGGAUAUUCUGUUUUAAAUUCCUUUACAGAAUCGCAUUGUUUUCCAUCCCAAUGACAGCACUCAGCUGCUCAGCAACAGUGAGAGCCAAUUCUUAUUUUACACCAGGGAAAGUACCACAGUUUUGUUUUACUGGUGGUUUAACAACACUAAAGUUAGUAGCUUUACAGUAUAUGAUUGUCAAUUUUUUAUUUCAGGACAAGCUACACCAUGAUUAUAUUGCCCCUAAGCGUCUUGGACAAUGUAAGGACACUAGCUGUUUAGUCAUUUAUAGAACCUGUAAUCAUGUCAUUGUAAUAAUCAUGUUAUAAUCUCCCCUUUCACUCAUGGUUGGUUUUACCAUCUUUCCAAAGACUUUCAACAAGGUUGUGGGCAUGCUGAGCCAAUAUGUGUUCCACUGGAGGGGGCUUCAGGCCCUCUCCGCUACCUCAGCAGGCAACUUGGUGCUGUGGGACAUGGUUAGGGGCUCCAAUUCUCAAGACCCCUCGUUAGGAGAGACAUCAAGCUCAUCCCCCUCCAGAAGGACAGAAUCCCCUUACUCUGACUUACAGUGUGAACAUGCAACACUCCUGGUUUCUAACGCUGAAACAGGAGCUUUAUCUUUCUACAUGGAGUUCAAGUUCCUCACCGCCAUUGAAGUAUUACAGAGGUUAGUACGUACGGCCCAGUACAUCACUGGGGCCAGGCUUCCUGCCAUCCAGGACCCUAUACCAGGCGGUCUCAGAGGAAGGCCCUAAAAAUUGCCAAAGACUCCAGCCCCCCUAGUCAUAGACUGUUCUCUCUGCUACCACACGGCAAGCAGUACCGGAGCGCUACGUUUAGGUCCAAAAGGCUUCUUAAAAGCUUCUACCCCCAAGCCAUAAGACCGCUGAACAGCUAAUCAAAUGGCUACCCAGACUAUUUGCAUUAACCCCCCCCCCCCCCCCCCCCCCCCCCUUUUUUACGCUGCUGCUACUCUCUGUUUAUUAUCUAUGCAUAGUCACUUUACCCCUACCUACAUGUACAUAUUAUCUAAAUUACCUCGACUAACCUGUACCCCCCGCACAUUGACUCGGUACCGGUACCCCCUGUAUAUAGCCUCGUUAUUGUUAUUUUAUUGUUGCUCUUUUAUUUUUUACUUUAGUUUACUUAUUUUUCUUAAAACUGCAUUGUUGGUUAAGGGCUUGUAAGUAAGCAUUUCACAGUAAGGUCUACUACACCUGUUGUAUUCAGCGCAUGUGACAAAUAAAAAUGGAUUUGAUUUGAAGUAUUGGUCUUGGUAUUGCAGCCUGGUAUUUGUAGCUGUUGUUCUUUAACUGUUGCUCUGUUUGUAUAUCCCCAUGGUCUUUGAUUUCUUAGCUUCAUUGUGACUGGUGACACUCUGGUCCAUGUGAAAUUCUAUGAUGAGAACUUCAAGCUCAUCAGCUGGUACAGUGAAUUCAACCUGGACCCAAUCACAUCGAUCUCCUUCUCCAAAGAAGUUCCACCCAACAGCAGCCAGGGUUUUCUGGAAGACUGCACUCUGGAAGCCAAGACGUUUUUUGUUCAGUGAGAAUCAGUGUGAUGCCAGUUGGUGCCCCAGUGUAUGUGAAACGUAUCUGCUUUGUCCUACUUCUCCCUUUAAGCCCUCUCUUGUCUGUAGGCAUUUUGUCCUGUCUACAGUCAGCUCGAUGGUGGUACAUGUGAAUGCACAGGGCGGUGUGACGAAGACGCUGCUGCGCAAGCAUUGCGAGGCACUGCAUGCUGUGGCCUGUCACCCCCAGCAACCAGUUGUUGCCUUGGGUACCCACAGUAGCAUCCUGAAGGUGUGGGACUAUGAGCGCAAGUUGUCCAUCUGCAGCAGGGUCUUUGAGAAGGAGAGGCAGAUUCAGUGCAUCACCUAUGACCCCCAAGGUGACCCAGCAGGCCAGAGGCGUUUGUCAGUUUAAUUUCCUAUAAGUAAAACUAUAUGCAUACGUAGAAAGAUCUCACAUUGAUAUUCUCACAUUUGAUUUGUGGUAUAGGGAGAACUCCCCUUAAAUACAACAUAUUCUCUGUCUGUGUUUGUGUGUGAGUUGGCUCAGCUUUGACCAGGCUAUCCUGUGUGUCAGUGAACAGGAUUAUACUUGGUGGUUGGAUUUGCCAGUGGAGCUGUCCAUGUACUGGAUGCUUGCACAUUGCAGAGUAAGACAGAGGGGUGCCUCAACUACAGCCAAGACCACAUCACUCACAUGAUCUUCUCUCCAGACUCCCUCUACCUGGCCACAGCGGUGAGCAGACACACUAUGUGGUUCUGGCAUUGGGAUAGGGAAGUAACAGGUUUGAGCCCUCUACCUUGAAUCAUUAUAAUCAAACUGAAGCCAACAAAUUGCACUUUUCCCUCCUGUUCUGUUGCUACUGUCAGGAUGCUGGAAAAGCGGUGAUGGUAUUUGGCUUGUACACUGGUAGGAGCGUGCAGUGCUGGAAGUAGCUGGGGAGGCACCACUCCCACUAUAAGCCCAACAGGGACUUCCUAUUUGGGGUGUACCUGGACAGCACCCAACCCAGACUACUCUCCCUGGGCAUGGACCAGACCCUCACACUUAGUAGGGCUCUGGUUUACUUACAUGCAGUGUUUCUUUACUUGCUGAACCACUAGGCAUGCUGAAUCACUUUGGAUGACUUUGCCUUGGUGUGUGGUGGUGAUUGCUUAGGUGGAGUAUGACCUGGAGAAUAGCAAUGAGAAUGAGCUGCUGAUCCUGAGUGCAUUGAGCAGAGCGCUGGGCCCACCUGUAUGGCUUGGUGCCCACCCCUCACCACAGAGGACUUCCUGCUCACCGCCUCUGACCUCUACAAAAUGAAGCUUUUCAACAGCAUCACCAAGAUGUGCAGGUCAGCACCCAAAUAACAGAGUCUGUAAAAAUAUGAUUAGUCCUCUUAUUUCACAGCAUCUCUGUGUCAUUGGGGUGAAGUAUGAAGGCCACAAAUGAAGGAUCAUGACCCUAGCUCUCAUUAAAUGGCAUACAUCACAAAAGACAAGGUAAGUGUUGAUUCACACCCAAUCGUAUCAAACCACCUCCUCAGUCAGACCAAAUAUGUAUGAAAGUCUUUAUUUUAGGGGCCAGACUUCUGUGUAUUUCUUGCCUAAUGAAGAGAUACUGGUUUCAGUGUCACUUGUCAUAAUGUCAUUGUGUUCUUUUUCAAGGUGGAUCUCGAGAUUCUGCCCAUUGAUGGGAACCCCCAAGACCUCUGCUCUGAUUUGCCACCCAACAGGGAUAUCUGCUAUGGCCUGCUCCAAUGGCAUUCUAUAUGUCUUCCCUGCUGGGGGUCUGACUGCACAGUCCUCUCAUGGGAGAUUAGUUGAAAGUGAGUAGACCCUUGAGCUUUCCUGUUGAACAUACUGAAUCGUUGUCUUUUGUUGUGUGUUUAAUGCAUUAGAGACGGAGAACUCUUUAGAGUAGGUCAAACUGAUAUCUUUACCAUGUAACCAUCAAUAUUCAUAACUGUAUAGAGUGGGUACAUCAGUUGUUAUGGCUGUACAAUACUUGUGUGUUUGUUCUGACGCUUACAUUUUUCCCUUUAGGAAAUGGAGGACUUUUUCUAUUACUGUCAGCUGCGUAAACAAGGUAUUGACUCCAUGGAGAUCCGACAGGUGUCCACCCAAACCCCCUAG